CUGCUUUGUCUACCGCAUAGCAGUCUGGAAGAGCAUCGAUAUUGCGAUGUUCACUUGUUUUUGGACGAGUACGGUCGCGCGCCUCGCGAGAGUCGCGAGCUCAAGGCAGUCGCGCCUAGGCUGUGCUCAAAAAGUGAAGGCGCCACCGGGGAAGGGUGGACCCCGCCAAAAGCGCCGGCGACGGCCCAGACAAGGGCCUCGGCGACGGCUCAGGUAAGAGCCCUGUCGACGGCCCAGGCAAGGGCCCCGACGACGGCCCAGGCAAGGGCCCCGUCGACGGUGCAGGCAAGGGCCCCGUCGACGGCCCAGGCAAGGGCCCCGACGACGGCCCAGGCAAGGGCCCCGUCGACGGUGCAGGCAAGGGCCCCGUCGACGGCGCAGGCAAGGGCCCCGGCGACGGCCCCGGCGACGGCCACGGCAAGGACCCCGGCGACGGCCCCGGCGACGGCACCGGCGACGCCACCGGCGACGGCAUCGGCGACGGCAUCGGCGACGGCACCGGCGACGGCACCGGCGACGGCCCCGGCAAAGGCCUCGGCGACGGCCCUGGCGACGGCCCCGGCGUUUAGGCGAGGAGGAGGACGAGGAGGAGGAGGCGGAAAACGUUUCCCCAACGGAAAGGCGAAUGCGGUAUCGAAAAAG